UCUCCUGUGCUGCUGCCAGGGAGCUGCAGCCACAGCUGAAACACCCGUUUAGUCUCUGCACAGGUAUGACUGCUAACACCGCUGUGUGAAUCCUGUGGAUAAAAACCCAGGUUUUCACUGCGGGUUGUUUAGUCAGAACCGUGGAGGUUCUGGGAGGCCCUGCAGCCUGAAGGAGAUCAUGUGGACGUGAAGCUCUGGUUUCACCGACCUUCUUUAAGGAGUCUUCAGCUGCGACUCGACUCCUUGGCUGAGCAAAACAAGCCUGAGGUUGGUCCCUUUUCCCACCUAGGCGACAUCAUGAUGAAUCCUGAUGAGUUUGGGUUGGAGGAUGACGAUGAAGACGCCAUGCUUCAGUACAUGAUUGAACAGAGUCUGCUGGAGAGCAGCAAGCCGAGGGAAACCCACGGAGCGUCCCCACCAGGAGACGAGCUGAGCGUCGGUUUGGCCUUUUCGGAUGUAUCCGAGAUCUUCUCUGCUAUAAAAACAGGUAACGAGAAGCUCCUGAAGAAUCUGCCGGUUUGGCCCAAAGACAAGUUGCUGCAGACAGACAGCAGAGGCUGGACUCUUCUUCAUGAAGCAGCGGCUCAGAGCAACCAGACGAUCCUGGAGCUCACAUUCAAAGCUUUAGGUCCAGACGGUCUGGAGCGCCAAACUCCUCGGGGCCAGACGGCCCUCUUCUUGGCCGUAGAACAGGGUCUGAUUGAAAACGCCUCGUUCCUCCUGGAACACGGAGCUCAGCCGGACUGCCAGGACCAAGACAAGGACUCCCCGCUGUUUGUAGCUAUCCGUUCAGGCCGAACUGACCUGGUGAAGCUGCUGCUUUUCCGUGGCUCCAAUGUGAACCAGGUGGGGUGCCACGGCCGCCGCCCGCUCCACGAGGCCUCCCGACUGGGCAAAGUGGAGCUGGUGAAGGUGCUGCUGGAGGCUGGAGCGCGGCCAGACCCCCGCAGCAACUACGGCUUCACACCGCUGGCCCUGGCUGCUCAGGGAGGACACCUUGAGGUGGUGGAGAUCCUUCUAAGGAAAGGGGCAGACAUCUUCUCUCAGGCACACGAUGAAGCCUCAGUGUUAUACGAAGCGUCUGCUUCAGGAAAUCCGGCCGUCAUCAGGCUGCUGCUGGAACACGGAGCCGACGCCAACAUCUCCAAUCACACCGGACACCUGCCGAUCCACCGAGCCUCACACAGAGGACAUCUUGAGUCACUGAAGCUGCUGCUGCCGGUCACUAAAAUGGGAGAGGUAAAUGACAGCGGGAUCAGUCCUCUGCAUUCAGCAGCCGCCGAGGCACACGCAGACUGCAUUAAGGUCUUGCUAGAUGCGGGUUACGACCCCAACUACAUGCUCCAUCCCUGGAUCCGCCGGAGCUAUGAUGACGAGAGGAAGUCGGCGCUCUACUUUGCCGUUUCCAACAACGACAUGGCGUCCGUGAAGCUGCUGCUGGAGGCCGGGGCCAUGGCCAACCAAGACCCGGUCAAAUGUCUGCAGGUUGCACUUCGUCUGGGCAACUAUGAUCUGAUCAACUUGUUGCUGCGGUACGGAGCCAACGUGAACUACUACUGCAGAAUAAACACCACACAUUUCCCUUCAGCGCUGCAGUACAGUCUCAAAGACGAGGUAAUUCUCAGGAUGCUGUGUAACUAUGGUUAUGACGUGGAGCGCUGCUUCGAUUGUCCCUAUGGCAACAGGUCCCACGUUCCUGAGGACUACGAGGGAUGGACCUGUGCUGUGAUCAAAGAUACUUUGGUAACAAAAGAAAACGUUUUUAUUAUACGAUUAACCAAUUGUUUUUUUGUUGUUUUUUGAACUGCUGUUCACUUAUUGGCCAAAGAACGAGAAGAAAUCAGGGGGUUUCUCUGAGGAAGAGCAG